AUGUCGCGAUCGUCGAUCUCUUCUUCUAGAAACCCUCCCAUCCAGAUCAGUAACUUUAGGGAGUCAGAUGAGCUGAAGACUUGUAGGUGUGACAAGCCGACGAAGGAACGGACGAGCUGGAAAUAUCACAACCUAGGAAGGCGGUUCUGGAACUGUCGCAACAGUUUGACAACAUUAAAAAGUUGUGAUUACGCCUUCUGGAAAGACGAUGAGCUGCCUGAGGGGUACUACAAGAACCUUAUCACAACGUUAAAGCAGUAG